CACGAGUGUGUAUACCUUGGAAAAAAAUAAUCCCCAAGCUCCAUUCCGAUUUUUUUUUCUAUCUCCCGCAGGCUGCCUCCCGUCCUCCCUUCCCAGGCUGUCGGCGGCGACCCAGCCCUAGCUCGCCGCCGAACCACCGGCGCCCCGCCCAUCCCCGCCGCUCUCCGCUGCUCCUCCGGACCCUCCCCUCAACACCCCCGCGCUUGUCCGCUGUUUUUUGUUCGGAUCCCGCGCCUCCCCGGUCCCUUCCAUCGUCCUGAUCCGCGCGCCCCCUUCACCCUUCGCCGACGGCGACGCCCUCCGCUGCUCCACGUCGGGAUCCCGCGUCCUUCAUCCGUGUGAGGGCGGAUCCGCUCUUCACCGGCACCAGCAGAUCUUCACCAGCGACAGCGAGUUGCUGAAGUUCAAAUUGGGCAAUGGAUCUUGACACAGAGAAUCGUCUAGCUUCAUUACUCCUUGAAGAAGCACGGAGAUUACAGUCCGAGGCUGACAGGGAAGGUGUUCAUGCAUAUUUGCGGAAGCCCAAUGUCAGGCAUCGUCCAAACUCCCGGUUCCUCACAGCCACAGUUCGUGGAGUUCAACAAGCAAACCGUGUUGUGGAGGUUGAUGAAAUGUGGCGUGCCAGGGAGAAGGAACUUGAACUUGAGUCUAGGCUGAAAAGAAGAAAUAAAGAGCAUGGUGACUCUAGAGGGGAGAAACGCAAAGGUGACUCGAGAAAUAUGAGUUCCAGCUCAAAGAUUGAAGAAGGAACUGCUUAUAGUAGUUCUUACUCAGACCAGGAUGUUGGUCUAGGGGACGAUGAAGUUGAAAAGUUUCUGCAUUCAAGGGUAAAGCGAGGAAGAGGGGCCAUUGGCUCUAGGAUGGAUGAACCUGGUCCAUACCUCAAGACUUCACCGCAUUGUCGAGACAGAGAACCUAGCCCCGAUAUACGUUUGGAAGAAAAAUGGGAACGACGGGUACAAGGUCCGGAGAGGCCACUGUUUCUGAGAUCUAAGUCUACUGAUGAUUCUUGGCAUAGGGAAACAUUUUUGGAUAAUAAGGCAUCCAGCUCUUCUGAAUCACACAGGAAGAAGGAAAAUAAAAAGGAGAGGAAAUCGGAGAAAAAAGAGAGAAAGGAGAGGAAAGAUAAGAAGAAAUCCAAGCAUCACCACCGCCACCACCAUCACAAAAGCCGAAGAAGGGAGUGAUGUGCCCUAUUACUUAACUACAAUAUGUACACAAGAAAGGGUGUUACUGAAAGCUGCUGCCAGCUGCUGCUAUUACUUGUUCACUGGGAACCUAUGUUGUAAAUAAAACUCCACCAGUGCACACAAGGGGAUACGGUUGGCACCGUGUCCCAUGUUUAAACAUGUCAUAUGUGUUGCUCGAGUUGAACUUUCUUUGCCUAUAACAUGACUUGACAUCUGAUGAAAGUGAUCGAUUUUGCUUUUGUGA